UUCGUGGCCAUGCCACUACGGGUUACGGAUUGUCUGGGCUUAAAGCGUGUUUCCCCUUUCACUUCCCUCUAGGGAAAAAGCGAGGCCAUGCACCUUCUGUACUGAGUGUUCGUCCCUUUCCUCCCUGCAAACACGUGACAAAUGUUGGAGUCACUCCCAUUUUCUUGUGCCGCAGACAGGUGAAGAAGACUUUCUGUUCCUUCCGCGCCCUGUCCCUCGCAACUCCCAGCCUUUCUACAGUACAUCGAAGCCCAACCGAAACUCCAGAGUGAUGAUGCAGAAGAAACUGAAAGGGCCCGAGGCUACUCGCGGCAAAGGAGCUGCCGAUGACAGCGCUAGAGUCAUUCUUGAUUACAUUCGUAGACAAAAUCGCCCAUACUCGGCCAUUGAGAUAUCGACCAAUCUACACAAAGAGGUCACCAAGGCACAGGCUGCCAGAGCAUUACGAGACCUAUGGCAUAACAAGCAGAUCGAAGGCCGAACAGCGGGGAAACAAGUAGUGUAUCACGCUUUACAGGAAGCUUCCGAUGAGGUCACAUCGAAGAUGAUCGCAGCCCUAGAUGAAUCUGUUAAGCAAGCUCAGGAGAAGCUUUCCAGCCUUCAGGCCCAGGAGAAAAAGACACGGCUCGAGUUAGCAACUCUCAGUACAAAACCCUUAUUUUCCGAGCUUCGCCACGACAUUGAUCAACUGGUUCAUGAACGAGGAGUAGCCCAGGCACUUUUGCCUACGAUGGCGCGGAAAGACUCGGCGCACGUGCCCAUGGAGAUUAUGAGAGCAGGCGCUGAAGAAGAGUGGAAAUGCUGGCAGAAGCACGCUAGCAGUCGCGCUCGCAUCUGUGGUGAUCUAUGGCAAAUGUGCUCCGAAGCAUUACUAGGGGACACGGCUAGGGGGGAGCUUUGGGUAAGGAGGGCACCAGGAGGGGGGGCUGUGUCCUUGUCAUUGGGAGUUUUCAGCGUCCUUGGUUCUAAUCACCGAUUGCCGCAGGAGUCUUUAGGGUUAGAAGGGCCUUUGUUGGGUUGA